GCAUUCAAAUCUCUCUUGUAUUGCGGCAUUGCAGCCGUGUUUCUCCUUCGGAGAGAUAUAAACAAACCCCAGUCAAAAGCCACCUCUGCCGGAUAGCCGACAAAGAUGGCAUCAGCGGCGACGUCUGGCCGAGCGGCAAGGAGGAUGGGAGCUGAGGACGAGAAGCUGGUGUUCGAGACCACUGAGGGAAUAGAGCCCAUCGCGGGCUUCGAUCAGAUGGGCCUCAAGGACGAACUGCUCCGUGGAAUCUACAGCUACGGUUUCGAAAAACCAUCGGCCAUCCAGCAGAGAGCUGUGAUGCCGAUUAUCCAAGGCCGCGAUGUUAUAGCUCAGGCACAGUCCGGUACGGGCAAGACAUCCAUGAUUGCACUCACUGUUUGCCAGAGGGUCGACACAUCUAGCAAAGAGGUCCAAGCAUUGAUCCUGUCACCCACAAGAGAACUGGCAUCUCAAACGGAGAAAGUUAUAUUGACUAUUGGGGAAUACAUUAGCAUACAAGCACAUGCUUGUGUUGGAGGAAAAAGUGUGGGUGAAGAUAUCAGAAAGCUAGAACAUGGAGUUCAAGUGGUUUCUGGAACUCCAGGCAGAGUGUGUGACAUGAUCAAGAGGAGAUCACUACGAACCAGGGCCAUUAAAUUGUUGAUUCUUGAUGAAUCGGAUGAGAUGUUGAGCAGAGGGUUCAAGGAUCAAAUUUAUGAUGUUUAUAGGCAUCUCCCGCCAGAUCUUCAGGUUGUCUUGAUAUCUGCUACUCUCCCUCAUGAAAUCUUGGAAAUUACAAGCAAAUUCAUGACAGAUCCUGUGAGGAUUCUUGUAAAACGUGAUGAGUUGACCCUGGAGGGAAUCAAGCAAUUUUUUGUUGCGGUUGAAAGAGAAGAGUGGAAGUUUGAUACACUAUGUGAUCUUUAUGAUACACUAACAAUCACUCAAGCUGUUAUUUUCUGCAAUACAAAGCGAAAGGUUGAUUGGCUUACUGAGAAGAUGCGUAGCAAUAACUUCACAGUCUCAUCAAUGCAUGGUGAUAUGCCUCAGAAGGAAAGAGAUGCAAUUAUGACUGAAUUUCGUUCUGGUGCAACCCGUGUUCUUAUAACAACAGAUGUUUGGGCUCGGGGCCUUGAUGUCCAACAGGUCUCCCUGGUGAUCAAUUAUGACCUUCCCAACAAUCGAGAGCUUUAUAUUCAUAGAAUUGGUCGUUCAGGUCGUUUUGGACGCAAGGGUGUUGCAAUAAAUUUUGUGAAAAGUGAUGAUAUCAAGAUUCUUCGGGAUAUAGAACAGUAUUACAGUACCCAGAUCGAUGAAAUGCCAAUGAAUGUUGCAGAUCUGAUAUGAGAUCUCCAUGCUACAUGUUUGGAUGCGAUAAUUUGGGCACUGAUGACUCAUUGUGUAAUCGAUUACCCUAUUUGGUUGCAUUUUCUUUUAUGUGUGAUGAAUUGAUGCACUUUGGAAGGUUUUGGUCAUGAGGAACAUGUUAGAUUUAGUGCUAACUCUCUCAAGAAAUGGCUUGUGAUUGAGGUUUGGCUGUAUACUUGUGGGCUGUUCUA